CCGCCCUCCUCCUCUGCGAAGAGACGCCUGGCGAGUAGCGCGUGCUCCUCUCGCUCUCUGCACGCGCUGGCUGGUUGGCGGCCGGCUGUCCGAGCGAAAUGAAGGCUCGACGGUACCUGCAAGUGACGCCGAAUAGGGCAUAGGUCCCGUAUUGAUUCUCAGCGAUGCUCGCACAAUAAUGAUUGUUCUUGAUAUCCGUGAGAUAACGCCAGGAAGUUGUCGUCUGCUCGGGAGGUGCAGACUUUCGCUGAACAUGCUUGGAGGACUCCCGUCAGCUGGGUGUGCACUAACCCCGAGCUUCAAAGACAAGAAGGCUGCUUCCGCUAAUGAACCGUUUUAACGCUAUUUCUAAUGACUUUAGUGAGAGACACUCACGUGCGGAACUUGUGCGAUGGACGCUGGGUCUCAUUCACCACGGGAUAGUUUAGACCUAUGUACUUAACACCUAGUUUGAUCGACACAUGACCUGUUGUGUACCAAGUGGUCUUUAAACAACCAUAUCGAACCGACGCGACUGGUAAACUUCCAAAAUGUGAUCAACGUCGAUUAAGGGGCGACCUUCAUGAUUGACUUAAAACGUCCACUUCGGAACCAGAAACCGGGGAUGGUGCCAUGCCGUCACCAAUACUGAUGAUAUGGGCUCUACUGUCAGUUUUAGUUGCGGGUACAUGUACUUUCAGUUUUCUUCAACCAUUCUGGUUCAUCCACUUGGACUACACCCACUCCUUCGGGCUCAUCAGCUACUGCUUCGGAAACACCCGGUUCGCUUACUCUAGGGAGACUUGCCUCGCCUAUGGGGGUAAUUUCAACCUGGGGAGCAUCCCCUCAGGGGCGUGGCAGGCCUCAUGUGUGUUGUACGGAGGGGGGUGCGGACUGCUGUGUCUUGGGGCAUUUAUUGCAAUAUGUGUGGCCAUCAUUCCAGCUGACUAUAGAAAGAAGCCGACCCGACUGGCAGGCUACACGCAAACGGUAGCAGUAUUAAUAAUGAUAGCUGGGCUCCUGAUCUACCCACUGGGACUGGGCUCCAAGUCCUUCCGCGAGUACUGCGGCAACAUGUCUUCCGCCUACUACUCAGGCCAGUGUCUGAUUGGCUGGAGCUACAUGCUGGGAAUCAUGGGAACUGCUCUCGCUAUAUUCUGUCCAUUCUUGUCACAAUUCACAGACAUGAAAGCAAGUGAAAUUUUCGCCUGACCAGUGAUUGUAAAAUGUUCCUGAAAAGGGACCACCAGCCUCACGUAGUUUAAUCAAGGGAUACAAACAAUGUGUUCCUCCUGAUGAGUCAACUUAGAGCAGUCAGGGGAUGUGACAUAUUCCAAGCUGGGUCACAACAACGGUGAGAUCAGAAGCCACAUGAUAAAAAACUGCACUCACUCCAUGAUGGCUCGACCGUGAUUCCCAGCUUUGAAUAGAAUCAUUUCAUUAUUCAGUUCUAUUCCGGAUGUGUAGAACGUUAUAUCCUAAUGGGAUGGUGGUUUGGGAUCACAUGACCCUCAUUGUCUUCCAUUCGAUGAAUAUGCUUUUUAUCAAAGACUCAACGUUUUCAAUGUCUUCUCGUUGGACACCUAAUGCAAGCACGCUGUCCCGACAAGCAUUCGUCCCGACAAAGCGGGAUGUGAAUUUUAAACUCUCCUUAGAGGUGUAUGAAACCGAGGAACGCAAUAUUAAAGUGAAACCUUUGAUAAAGACGACAUCUGCAUCUUGAAUAUUGAUGCCAUCAGUUUUCAUGGCGGACAGAAGAGCUUUAUGUGGAAAGCUUCAAAGCAGGACGUCGUCCAAACUACAUCCACUGAUCAAUUUCCAUGGCAGACAGAUUCACGAAGCUGGCAUUGAAACGCUUGAAUAAUCAAUGACCUUGACACAUAGUUUAAAGGUGAGUCUCCGUUAGGAAGAAGUCGAAAUCGGACUUGAAAACCCCGAAGGGUAGAAAGGUUGUGAGCUGUGUACAUAUUUUUCAUGGCGCUUGUCGACAACCAUUGAACAGAUCUCAUUCAGUUGUUAGUAUUUAUUGGUUCUUAGAACUCAAGUCUGUUUGAGAUUGCCUACCUUUACUGCUUGGUGACUUGGUGACAAGGAUUCUUUAGUCAAGUUUGGGUUUUUGAAGAGAGCACCGUGAUUUGUAGCAAGAAACAUCCAUCAUAUGUCUCUUGUUUCUAGCAAAUUCCUGCAUGAACUUGUUACAAUUUCUUUAUUUCCAGAGGUCAUUUUUAUGCAACGUAUUUUCCGUGUCAUACUACAAGAUAUUUUUUAAAUCUUUGAUUUAAUUUUAUUGAAUAAAUGCAUAUGAAACAUGA